AUGGCCGCUCCCUCCAAGUAUGACGACUACGAUUUCCCGACAACCGCCCCAGAGCCCCAAUCCGGCCACCCUGGUCACACAACCCCAGAGCAGAAUACUGCUGUGGAUCAGCUGCGAUCGGAGCUUGAGCAGUUGGGUUACACCGAGAGAUUGGACACUCUGACUCUGUUGCGGUUCCUGAGAGCCCGGAAGUUUGACAUUCAGGCGGCGAAGACUAUGUUCGUCGACUGUGAGAAAUGGCGGAAAGAGUUUGGAACCGAUGAUCUUGCUCGCGACUUCAGCUAUGUUGAGAAGCCGAAGGUUUUCGAGUACUACCCUCAGUACUAUCACAAGACGGACAAGGAUGGCCGUCCCGUCUACAUCGAAAAGUUGGGCAAGAUUGACCUCAAUGCCAUGUACAAGAUCACCACCGCCGAGCGGAUGCUGCAGAACCUGGUCUGCGAAUACGAAAAGCUCUCCGACCCCCGUCUCCCCGCCUGCUCGCGUAAGGCCGGCAGUCUGAUGGAAACCUGCUGCACAAUCAUGGACCUCAAGGGCGUCGGCGUCACCAACAUCCCCUCCGUCUACGGAUACGUGAAACAAGCCUCCAACAUCUCGCAAAACUACUACCCCGAGCGUCUGGGUAAGCUGUACUUGAUCAACGCGCCCUGGGGAUUCGGCGCCGCCUUCAACGUUGUCAAGGGCUUCCUCGACCCCGUCACUGUCAACAAGAUCCACGUUUUGGGCUCCGGCUACAAGAAGGAACUCUUGGCGCAGGUUCCUGCCGAGAACCUCCCCGCUGAGUUUGGUGGCACCUGCAGCUGCGCUGGUGGCUGUGAAUUGAGCGAUAUGGGUCCUUGGCAAGAAGCUGAGUGGACCAAGACACCCAAGUGGGCGGCUCCUAAGGCAGAGCCGGCUCCGCAAAAGGAGGGUGAGGAACAGGCUCCCCAAGCUUAA